CGGAGGCAAGCCGAGACCCAAGCAGAGCCCCGGAGGGCUCACAGAUCCCCUCGACCCAGUCAAGCUCGCUACCUUGCCCAAUCCCUAAGGUCCGGCCCCGCCCCACCAGAGGUGCCGCCCCUUCCCGUGCCUGGCUCGGAGGCUCGAAUCCACCCACAGAGGCUUCGGGGCGGGAUUGUCUCGCCCCGGCCUUCAGUUCCGCAAUCCUAUUGCCUCGCCCCGCCCCUGAAGUCCUGGCCCACCCCCAAGCCCCCAGCUCUGUCUGGACCCGCCCCCGAGCUCGCAACCCGCCUGGUCUCAUUGGUCUGGUCCGCGAACCCUGCUACGCAGGGUUGUGGCACGUCCCACGCUCGCUUCUCGGCCAAGAUGGCAGCGCCCGUGUGCGGCCGGGACCUGAAGCAGGUGCUGUCCUGGAGCCGGGAGCUGCCUUGUGUCUGGCGCGCCCUGCACACCUCCGCGGUCUGCGCCAAGAACCGGGCGGCCCGUGUUCGCGUGGGCAAGGGGGACAAACCGGUGAGUUACGAGGAGGCGCACCCACCGCACCACAUUGCUCACCGCAAGGGCUGGCUGUCUUUGCACACAGGGAACCUGGAUGGGGAGGACCAUGCUGCAGAGCGAACGGUGGAGGAUGUCUUCCUUCGCAAGUUCAUGCUGGGCACCUUCCCUGGCUGCUUGGCUGACCAAGUGGUCCUGAAGCGCCGGGCUAACCAUGUGGAGAUCUGUGCGUUAGUCCUGAGGCAGCUGCCUGUGCAUAAGCUCUACUUCCUUGUGGGUUACAGUGAGACUCUGCUAUCCCACUUUUACAAGUGUCCUGUGCGACUCCACCUCCAAACUGUGCCCUCAAAGGUUGUGUACAAGUACAUCUAAGAUGAUCCCGUUGCAUGCAUUGAACUGCAACCUGGAAAGGCAGAUAUUUGUGGAAAGAGAGGGGAUGUGUUUCCCUGUAGAGGACUGAGUCUUCUCUAAGAUGCUCUUGAAUAAAGACCUUUGAUGCUCUCUU